UCGCGCAGAGCGGUGUGUGAGCUGCCGGCGCGCAAGUAGUGCACGGUUCCAACACGCCAAGAUAUUCCAGUGUUUCACCAAGUGGUUAUUGAAUGCACAGAGGAAAAAUCGCAUCAGAUGACGGAUACGUAGUGACGACAGCAUCACUGGAAAGGCUGUAGGCAACAAAACACAUGUAAUGAUAUAAUCUGUGCUUUGAAGUAAUAUUUGCACGUGGAUUUUUGUUUUCAGUGAACAAAAAGUACUUCUACCGCAUUUUAUAAUGCCUUAACAAAGUGAAAAAUAUAAUAUUUAUACCCGGUUAUUGUUGGAUAUCUGAUUAUAGUAAAAAGUUUUACUAGUGGGGUCAGUCAUGCUUUACAAUUAACAUAUGACCAGUGCAUACCGUUUAACUUGGUAGUAAGGAAUAAAAUUGUUGUUUGAAUCUACACUAUGCUCUUCAAAAUAAGUACAUAAUUAGAAACAUUUCUAACCUAUUAUUUUCAGCAUUUAUAUAACUUGUUCGUAUUGCGAUAAUACUGUUGCCUUUGUAAGGCGUGAUAUUUUCCAUCUAUAAAACCAUUUGCCAAAGAAUACAAAUUCAGGGAAAAGGCGAAUUAUACAUUUGUUUAGUUUUGACAUUAGAUUUGGAAGUACGACUGGUUGCUUUCAAUUGCUCCCGUUAUAGACUUGUGUGAUAUCUGUGUACGGUGGUAGAAUUUACUGUUACGUGUAGGUCUGUGUGGACAUUUGUAACAAUGGAAAGGAAAAUCAAUCUGUACGAGUUUAUCGCGGCUGUAGUGUCCGUGUGGUGGCCGGUGCUGUUGUCGGGAUCUUCAGGGACCUUCAUCAGCGGUGAAGAAGCAAUCGGUUCGCCCUUGAGGGUCGCCCAAUGUCGCGCGCAGUGUCUGCAAACGUUCUCGGACGGUAUGAACCGGGAGUCGACGUGUCUACAGGGCCCUGAUUGCUUCAUGUGUUGGGAAAACUGCGAGCUGUUGCAGUCCAACUUUCCGGUGUGGGGCGCCAUGUGUUCUGAAAGGGGGAUUUGUUUCCCUGGGUGUCAGCAAGCCUGCCGCUUCCACAGGGAGACCGCUGGGAAGCAGAUGCAGCAGACGCAACCCGUGAUACACACCCGUGGCGACGAGGUCAUAAAACUAAACGGAGCCGUUGUGCGCUGGCCUCGACCCCCGACCACCAGUCCCAGCAGCCCAUUGGUAUAUGUGGUGAUGAGACGCCAGGCGGGCACAUCGUCCGGCUGGCGCCAGAUUUCGCAGACCGUGGAUCUGACGGCUCGGCUGCCAGCUGCAGAGAGCAGCAACCUGGGAUCUGCAACCAUCAGGGUCCUCGUAGUUGAUCCAGAAGGUCUCGUCACCAUCUACAGCCCAAUGUCGCCCUCUGAAUCAGUUUCUUCAGCGGUUGCAAUAGGAAGUGACGUCAGGAGCAAGGUUAUUAACAAGGUCAUGGCAGGACAUCGCAAGAAGAUCAACACAGAGGUCACCCCGACUACAACCAAGUCUCCCACAGCGCACAAAAUUGGUGGUACGUGGGAACUCCGAGAGGUGUCUCUGAUUCACCAGAAAGUACUGGUCAUUGCAGAGGUCGCCUGGGAACCGCGAGUAACCCGAGGAGUUUAUCUCGUCACUUGGGAGGUGGACGGAGGAGGUCUUAAAGGAAACCUCUUUACCGAUUCCACGUGUGUUACACUGUCUUUGUGGCCUGACACCAUAUACCAUAUUCAGGUGGAGCUGGUUUCCAGGACAUCGAACCACCAAGCUGAACGCAGUGAGCCCCUCGUCAUCGACACACAUCGCGCCCCAGAAGUUACUUUCGAGUCAAGUUUCCUGUCUGCCCCCUCAGACGUUGUACCAUCCUCUGGAGAGCCUUCUCGCGCUGUCAAUCCUGGGGUCUCUGCGGUUAGCAGCCCUUUGUUGUCAGUUCUGGUGAACCGAGGUGUCGUCGGCGAAGUUACCGUAGAGAGAAGCCAACAGAUGGAACUGCUGGCUGGAACUGGAACUGCAGUGCUGCUCUUCCUCGUUGUUAUCGGCGCCCUCGCCUGGAGAUGCAGGAGAUAUUCUUUGACCUCGGGUUCAUCGACCAUUAGGAGUAAGAAGUUGGUGGAAGAUGUGCCAAUAUGCAGGACAGGUUUUCAUCCCAUUGUAACUAUGAUGGGUGGCGGAACCGGAAGUAUAAAUAGAGGCGUGUUGAGCGGCGGUUUAGGGAGGAGUUUCUUGUUCGGCGGAGCGAACUCUACAUCCGCUGGGACAGGAACAGCUGUCAAAGGAACUCUCCCGUCUAAAGUGGGAGGGGGCGAUGGCGUACAUCACAUAUCAGCUUGGAGCCAAUCAGAAGAUGUUUUUACAUCGACGUCAUCAUUCCUGAAGGCAGCGGAACGUGGAGCUCGAAACGAAGUUCAGGUGUGACGACACAGUGAUCCCAUAAUCGUGCCAAACUUGGAAUAUUGUUGGACUAGUUCCUCAUGCAAAACUGAUCUAUGGCUCCCUAAACUAAUGAGAAUGUGAAAGUCAGUAGUGUUAGGCGUCCAUCCGAAGUGACCCUCACUGCCCAAAAACUACAUUUGCUUGCUUCAGAGUUUGUCAUAGCGUUGCUAAACUAUUUAGUGUUCUAGUGUCAGUUGUACAUUUAAUGUGUGCUUCCCCUUGCCAUAAAGGGAAAAGAUACAGCAACGAUAGCGCUCAUAAUAUUUUGCCAUCCAUUUUGAAAACAAAAUAUUAACAAGAAACAUAAAAUUGAUUAUGAUUAUAUGAUGAUAACCAAAUGCUGAAAUGAGAAUGGAUGUGACAGACUUCAUUACUAAAAUGACAACCAAAGAGUCUCCCGUUUUCGUGUGCAAAAGUCUGUGUAGGUUGUGUUUAAUUAUUUAAACUCGAAACAAAGGAAGGUGUCAUUGUGUUAACAGUAUGGUCGCAGAUGUUUUCCGCCUGCCAGUGGUUAUUAAAAAUUAUAAUAUCAAAGAAUAAAAUAACUCAUAGUUAAGUCAGUGUUUGUGUUUAAUACCUGUGAGCUGGAAGAGUAUGCAGAAAUGUGUAAAAAUCAUUGUGCUAAGAAGACUUUUUUUUUCAAAUCUCGCGCUUCAAGAGUAAAACAAAAUGAUUCCAAGCAUUAAAAGUCAUCAGUAAUGUAGUGUACAUAAAGGCGCAUCGCUUUAUCAAGUCAAAUAUUUAUUAUUAAUGUCAGAUUUUACUGACACGUGUAACCCAGUCUUCAUUGCCAAUAAUUAUGUCAAUGGAUUGGGUAUGUCAACCUUUGUGUAUCGUUAAUGUCAUUUGAAAAUUGAAUUAUGAACAUUUGAAAACUUUGCUGUGUCUGUGUAUAUAAACCAGCAAGUCAAAGGAAAUUUAUGAAAGCCUAUGUUUAAAUGUAAUUCAGAAUUUUGCUGUUGUGUUCAAAUUGUUUCUUGAAAAAUAAAGAAAGUAACUUUAUCUGUUCUAUUAUCGAAGGAAACACAAGUUUUCUUUAAAAAUGUGGUGUUGUUUUACAGCAAGACUGGGCUAGCGGAGCUGAUUAUAUUGUUGCAUGGCGACCGACGUUACCAUCUGCUCUGUGGCGCCCUGUCUUGCGGUAAGAACACUCCACGCGUUUACGCAGUGUCAACGCGUAAAAGGAAGAUGGUCGUUCUUUCCAGAACGUGUUCAGGUUAUCAUAAAUAAC